GACUGACAGAAGAUGAUUUUUUCGGAUGAAUCGACAUUUUGUGUAUUAAAACAAAAACAUCAAUGCGAAAUAUGUCGUUUAGAACAAGAAAAAGUUCUUCUGGAAUGUGUGCAGCAAACCAGUACUGGUGAUGGGAGAAAGCUUGGAAUUUGGGGCGGCAUCUGGGGUUUUGGGACAACGGCUGCGAAGAUUUACAGGAAAAUAUGAAUGGCCUUUUGUAUUACGAUGUUUUACAAAAGGAGGAACUGCAUCAAUCUAUGGCGAAAAUCCGCACGAAAACCAAAAUGAUCUUUCACAAGACCUCCUCCCGUGGCACACGUCGCAUAUAGUGAGGGAUAAAACUGCCAAAUUGAACAAAUGAACACCGAAAACAGCCGAGAUUCUCUUUUCUGUCCCGCUACAUUUUGUUACACUGUUGAACUGUUCUGAUAUAGUUUUUCGACAUGCUGUGUUGUCUUUAUUUGAAGAAAACUUUCCUCAUGUUGAGUCAGUUCUCUCUCCAUUGUAUGGUGACUGAGAAGUGUUGAAAACUGUAUGUUCGUUCUCUGGUGACAGACCUUGCUUUUAUAACAGAAGUUUAUUUAAUGGAUAUUUUUAUUGUAGUUUGUGGCUUUAAUGCAACGCUUAUUACAUUUGAUGAUAUACCUGGAAGGACAUCAACUCAGGGUAACAUCACGACUGUUUAUGGUGGUUUGAACUGGACUAACGCUUUAUAUAUAAAUGCUACUUGGUUAUACAGUAGCAGUUAUCCAAUUAUCUGCACUGGCUAUUGUUUAUGGUUUAAAGCAAUGAUGACAAUAGGCUCAAUUAAUAGCGCCAAAUUUACAUUUAAUUCCUGUAUUUUAGGUGGUGCUUGGAAUAACGUGCAAACAACAAUAAAGGCGUAUAAUUCUGGCACACUGUUGAAUACAACAACUCUAUCGUUACCCACUCAUUCGAUAGCUGCAUUAUCCAAUGAACGAAAAACGGAUUGGGAUGAACAACUGCCAUCUGUUACAUUUAAUUAUAAUGCCACCGUCCAUUCAACGACCAAACAAAGUCCGUUUGAAAUGGUAUUUGGCAGAUCACCAAAAUUAAUAUUUGAUUAUCAGCCAGAAGUCGUAUCGCUCGAACAAUACCCAGAGCACAUCACAAAAUUAAAACAAUAUAUAUCAUCAUUAGAAAAUGAAGCCAAGAAGAACAUCAUAAAAAAUCAACAACAAUCGAAAAAUCGUUAUGAUUUACAUCGAUCGAAUCCAGUAUACAACCUGGGUGAUUUGGUUCUAGUCAAAACAACAAACAGUAGACAAAAAUUUGACGUUCGCCACGAUGGUCUGUUUAAAAUCGCUCAACGAAUGGCCGACAAAACAUAUAUGGUGCAACACAUCAAGAAACCAACAUUAACAAAACAAGUCACCGUCGAUUUUCAUACCAAUAUUUGA